UCCGCGCGCCGGCCUGGCGUACGUAUCGCUCGCGCCACGAUGGAUUGUGUCUGUGUUGUGUGUUGAUAACUGUGUGCAGUGACGAUAGAUUUUGUGAAAGCAUGAUGCCUCUCGCACCGACUCCAGUGGUGGCGGUGCCAUCGAAGCCGAAGAUAGGAUUUAGUAUAGACAGUAUAGUGGGUGAUCGGCCGAAGCAGACAUCGCCCCCUUUGGCCAGCCCGGGGAGCCCGUCGCCGGUCGCGUCGCCCCGUAGUCCUUCCCCACGGCCUUUGCUGCGACCGAGUGCUUUGCCAGCCGUUUUCCCAUCUCCGGAGCUGAAGAGGCUUCCGUACUUGGACGCUCAGAGCCACCACCACCAGUUCCUUGCGCACUUCCAAGGCGCUGCGUUGGCCGCGGCGCUUGCUCAUCAGCAGCAAGGGUUUGGUGCCCCGCUGCCACCCCACCCCCCGCCCCACCCCGCUGCCCCGGUGCCCAGGGAGUCGUACCAGCUGUACCCUUGGCUGAUCAAUAGGCAUGGAAGGAUAUUCCCCCACAGAUUUCCUGGAGGUCCAGACAUCCCCGGUUUCCUUUUGCAGCCGUUCAGAAAGCCCAAACGGAUCAGAACAGCCUUCUCCCCCUCCCAACUUCUCAAACUGGAACACGCGUUCGAGAAAAACCAUUACGUGGUGGGGGCGGAGAGGAAGCAGUUAGCCCAGGCUUUGAGCCUCACAGAAACUCAGGUGAAAGUAUGGUUUCAAAACAGACGAACGAAACACAAAAGAAUGCAACAGGAAGAAGAGGCCAAGACUGGAAAGUCCAGUUCAUCUGGCAGCAAACCAGAUGACAAUCACUUCAACAACUCCUACGAAGAUGAAGAUGAAGAAUUAAUAGAUAUGGACAUGGACGAUCUUAGUGAAAGUGAAAACGAAACGUAAAGUGACGGGACACUAGAGACUUGUAAAUAUUAAUGUAAUUUAAACGUACCGUAGAUAAAACAAUUCUACUUAUUUAUUAAUCGAAGGAUAAUCGGUAAAGUGUAAAGAAAGUAUUUUAUUGUAAGCGACACUGAUUUUCAGUACACUGUCGAACGGGCGAACCUAUUAAUUUUAAUUUACCAUACUGAAACUCGAAUGGUUAAUUAGUAACAAUUUACUACCUGUCAUUUAAUCUCGAAGCGUGUCAUUAAAAUGAUACAAAAUGGCGUCGAAACGACCUCUUGUUAGCGCGUCAAGAAUUAUUAGAUAACAAAAUUGGCCGCAUUAUAAUAGUUUUGGGAUUAAAUUAAUUAAAAAUGCCUCCUUUGAUGCGUCCAGUGAUGUGGGUAUAAUUAGACAGUUUGAUUUUAAGCGUUGAUAGCUGCAGUUGAAGGGAGACGGCAGAUGUCAAAAUAGAUGGUAGAAAGAGAGAGCGUACCAUAGACUAUAAAAAUAUAGAUGGUGGCGAUUAUUGUGCGUCGUUUGUGGGCCUAUUAUUAAGAGGUGCGUUCGAAAUCCGUAUCGACGUUUGGGAUCGCGUUCAGUAAUUGCUCGCGACGAAACAAAAUUGUUUAUAAACUGUUGAUUGUUCUGUUAGGCUAUUUGUCUACGCGCGUUCAGAAACUGAUUAGAAUCGAGGCUUUCACGCGCGAUGCUAUUGUGUGAUCAUUGUCCGAUUGUUUUAUUUAUCGUCGCGAUCGGACAAAUACGGUUAUGGUUUGUUUGCUUCAGUUGUACGAUUUGUUUUAAGGUAUUUAACAUCGAAUCCGAGUCUCGUAUUUUGUCCCCAUUACAUGCUGGAGGAAUGUUAACAUUGAAGUUAAAAGUCAAAUAAAGGGCAGUUAACCUCGUGAAUGGAAUUCUUAGCAUUUAACUGUUCACGCUAUUAGAGCCUUAUGUUACUGAAUUUUGUACAAAUAGCGCAAUUUUUGUAUUCCGUUACCUAGUAGAAUACUAUACUACUAUAUGAGUUUUCCUGAUGCAUAGGUAUGACAUUCAUAUUUCCUAACUGACUUUCAAAAAUAUAGACAAAUUCGGAUAUUUCAUGAAAAUCUCGCAAAAACCACGCUUCAAUCAAAAUUAGAGUACCCAAGUAUCACAGAUUACACUUAAUUAAAACGAAUGCCACACGCAAUGUAAUCGUGAAGGAUUGUUUUUUAAUUGCGCCCGUGCUACGGAGUUGAGAAUGAAUCGUUUAAUUUGAACUCGCCUGAGCGUGGGACAAGUGAGCCCUAUUGUUUGAAUACGGGCAAAAAAUUAUAGGAAUUCCAGCGUUUGAUGAAUAUUGGUUUCGGAUAGAUUUGUCGACUUGGAUGGAAUCGGGAUAUAGGAGAUAGAAUGUUCAAAAUUUGAAAAAUACAUUUAAACAAACUAAUUUAAUAUUAAAAUAGGGAUAUUUGGUUUAGGAUAAGUGAUUUCUAGGUCAAACGUUAUUGAUAGUAUGAUAGGAUUAAUUGUUAUGUUCCUGUAUAUUAAAUGUUAUUUGAGAAGUGAACAGAGCAACUGUAAAGUUCUUCACGAAACUCAUUUGAUUCAAGAAAAAUAGCAACGACUUGGACACAUAAGGAAGUCUUUCUGACAACAA